UAAUUUAUGACGGGCUCGGGCUGUGAGCAAAGGUUACCCAAACGUCCUCGUGGACCCACUGCUCUUUAGGAUUGACGCACAUAAGACAGUGUGAGAGGCUAGGAUUUGAUGACUUCCCAGUUGAUGUCCUGAGAACGUGUGAGUAUUCAAAUUAUGCUUCGAUCGGAAGACAGAUUUGCAAAUAAAGCAAAUUCAUUCUAUCAAUAUUUUGAUUGUAACAUUAAUGUGAUGCAGCACAAACUUAAGGAUCUUGGGGGGAAAACAACCACAACUCUUUAAGAGGGAAACACUCAAUAUAAAUACACAAUAGCAGCUGUAUAUACUUCUUCAUGUAAUGGACCUUAGUCACUAACAUAACAUGAUUCAUAUUAUUCAUUAACUCUUCUUUAUCAUUGAUAACUGAACUACUGAAUGAUUCACUUUCCAACGCACAGCCAAGCCCAUUACCUGAAAGUAAACUUGAAAUGAUUUUAUGUCUAAAAGUAGCAGGGUAAGUUUGAACAAGUUUGCUAGUAUAGCUUCUCCUUUUUAUUUACUUUCUUUUUUAGCUGACUAGGAGCAGACAGCUGGAAGGAAAUGGAGUCCAAUGAGGCCAGUGUUCAGUACAACCGCUGGAGUGAAGACAACAUGAAUAUGCCAGUACCGCAGUCACAGUCCAGACUGACUGGACUCUAUAACAGGCUGUGCACUGGACGGCUGGGUAUCGUACUGAAAGUGGCAGCAUCGUUGACCGUGAUGGUAGUUAUAUACAUAGUUGGAUACAUCACAGGAUACUACGUUCACAAAUGCUGACGAGGACACUCCACGUAUCUGGAAGGAACUGGAUAUUGAAAAAAAAAAAAAAAAAAAACUGGCUCUUUUUGGAAACAUGAAUUAUGUCCAUAAAGGAAACAUUGUAUAAGA